AUGUCGUCGCAAAUCACAGACGAGUCCCUGCGUGAGGCUAUCAAGCAGCGCCUCGAAGCCACACACGUUGAGGUUACAGAUAUGUCUGGCGGCUGUGGUCAAGCAUUCAACUCAGUUAUCGUAUCUUCCCAAUUCCAGGGCCUUAACUCUCUCAAGCGCCACCGUCUCGUCAAUGCUGCCCUCAAGGAAGAAAUCGCCAUCAUCCACGCUUGGACCGCCAAGUGCCAGACACCUGAAGAGUACGCCAAGACGAAGGAAGCAGCCGAUACGCCAGCACAGGCAUAA